UGAUAACGAGAAAAUCGUGGAAUCUGUCACUCUGCAUGCGAUGAGCAUGAACACAACUUUUUUGGCUCGUCCAAUGUUCUUCUUAUCAGUAUUUAUAUUGUUAGUUGUAAGUGAAGUAGCUUCGAAGGCCUUUGACAAUGCAAGAAAGUGAUGGUUUAUUUUCUGGAACUAAAACACAACUAUUUGCAGCAAUUUCUGGUACCCUCUUCGCAAUAUCAGAUGGCAUGAGUUACGGUUGGACUGCGCCAGUCAUACCCUACUUGAUCAGCGAAGAAAGCCACCUCAAAACCACAAAGUUCGAAGCAGAAUGGUUGGAAUCCUGCCUGAUGUUUGGAUCCUUCCUCGGCCUGCCAUUCACCAUAUACUUCGUAGACAAAAUAGGAAGAAAAAAGUCCCUGCUACUAGCAGCUUUCAUAUCACUGAUAUCCUGGAUAAUGAUAGCGACGGCGGAUAGAAUGCUGUUCAUCUUCAUAGCAAGAUUCUCAUUCGGAGUAACUGCCAAUACAUCGUUCGUUGCAGCUCCCAUCUAUGUAGCAGAGAUAGCCGAUCACAAAAUCAGAGGAUUCCUAUCCAGUGUCAUAUACGUGAACAUGUUAAUAGGACUGGUCAUAGUGUACACCGUUGGACCAUUCUUACCUUUUUAUGUGCCACCGUUAGUUGGAAUAGCCGUAUUAUCAAUAGAACUGUCUACUUUUCCCUUUAUGCCUGAGUCCCCGUACUACCUAUUCCAUCAAGGGCGCGUAGAAGCAGCUAUAAAGUCAUUGGAGUACUUCAGACCCCAUCGUGAUGUCACUGUCGAACUAAGGAAUAUUUCCAAAGCAGUGGCACGACAGAAAGCUGAACCCGGAAGGUUCCUAGACCUGGUUCUAGCCAGAAAUAGCAGAAAAGCUAUCAUUAUCAUGACCGUACUCGAUGUGGGCCAGCAUUUGUGUGCCUUGAGCGUGAUAUUGAUGAAUUUACAUGUGAUACUCGAAGCAGCUGGAUCAAUUUACAUGAAUUCCAAUGUCGCUGCUAUUUUAUUCGCUGUGAUAAUGCUGAUAGCAGCAUGUUUAGCUUCCCUGCGAGUCGAUAAAUACGGAAGAAAAGCUCUAAUCAUAAUCUCUACGAUCUUGACAGGGCUCUGUUUGCUCUCUAUGGCUGUUUACUUUCAUCUUAAAUUGAGGGAAUACGAUGUACGAGCUGUCAGCUGGAUACCGAUAGUGGCAGUUAUGUUAUAUGCAGCCAGUUUCAAAGUUGGUAUUGGCAUCGUACCGAUCGUUUUGACAGCUGAAUUGUUCUCAUCGAAUAUGAAGGCUAUAGGGAUGACUAUUUCGGAUCUGAUGUAUGUUGCAGGGUCUAUAGUGAGCUUGCAGUGUUAUCAGUGGUUGUCCAAUACUUAUGGCAUGCAUGUUCCAUUUUAUGUGUUUGCGGGAUCUAGCUUCUGCAUCGCUUUGUUCACUCUACUUUAUAUCCCUGAGACUAAAGGGAAGACUCUGGAUGAAAUUCAAUAUUUGUUGAAGGGAGAGGAAUAUGUACGCACAGAUUCAAGAUCGAAUUUGAUAUCUAGCAAAUCUUAUAGCACUUUUGUAGAAUAAAAUUUUGUUACCUCUGUU